AUGCGCCUCAUAAUAGGCCGACAACAGGGCUGGGGUACGCAGUUCUCCUAUGAGCUUCUUGAGGCGGGACAACUUGGAAACGAGUUCGGCUUCUUCGGCGUCAACCAUCAAGUCAACGAGGAGGGCGAAGGGAUAUUUUAUCGGCCUGACAUGGUAUUCUCCUUCGGCCCUCCCCUAGAUCCCGAGGAAAUAUUGAACGUAUACCAUGGCGUACUUGCUGCGUGGGCCUUCUUCCAAGACCGUCGCCGUCGCCCUGCCGCCCUACAACACAUCCGGCGAAUGCACCUCGACUUGACCCGGGGCAAUUUUACUGGAUCUGAACAAACCCUGGUCGCAACGAGUCCUCUAGCCGGGACAGACGGGUCGGAAUUUGUGGAUCCGCUUCUGGAGCUCAUAGGAACUAGUCUUCCAAACCUUCAAUACCUGUCCCUGGCCUUCAACGGCUGGCCACCCGAGACGCGUCAGGAGCCGUCAGGGUGGGGCGAAGGCUUUCCUGCGAUUCUCGGCGCACCGCCGCAGAACCUGGACCACUGGCUUGAUCGUCUGCUCGCGAUACCUCCUUUGACUCGGCUGAGGCUGCGUUUGGUCGUAAACAUACCCAACGCCAAUACUUAUGUUCGCUUAGCCACUCAUUCCGCUGUAUUACGUGCUAUACAUUUCUUGAGGACGGUACGAGAUAACUUGUUGAUUAAUGGGACCGCACUUGGUGCAACGGGCAUCACAUUCCGUGUUGAGUAUACUACGCGCGGUAAUACGGUAUUCGAGAGUGACGACACUUGGGAUGCCACAACGAGGUCCCAUACGAGCCAUCUGGAUGAUGAUGAUGAUUAUAUUGAUGACCCGUUCUGA